AGCACAAGGUGUCCAUGUUUACYUWUUGCUGUCAUUUUAUCGCGUCUUUUUGCAUCGAUCAUCUAUAAGAUUUCAUCAAAAUGCUUGGGCAGAGCAAAAUAAGCUCAUUCUUUACGACUCCGAACACAAAGAGAUCUGCAAAAGAGGCCGGUGUUGACGAAAAUCCACCUUCAAAGWUAUCUAAACCAGAUUCAUCACCACCGACAACGAGUUCGUCCGAUGGAAAACCAUCUCUUUCGCCUGAGCAAAGGGAAAGAAUCGAGCAGAAGCGAAAAGAGGCGCAAUUGAAACUUCURUCCAAAAAAGGGCCACAGAAUGUUGGGUUAUCGUGGAAGACAGCUCUGUCGGCCGAGUUCGACAAGGAGUACUUUCAAAAGUUGAGUAAAUUUGUAGCCGAUGAAAGAUCAAGAAAGACUGUAUAUCCACCAGAGAAAGAAGUAUUUUCAUGGACGUUACACUUUGAUAUUAAAGAAGUUAAAGUUGUUAUUAUUGGUCAGGAUCCAUACCAUGGACCAAGGCAAGCUCAUGGCCUUUGCUUCAGUGUUCAGCCAGGAGUUGCCAUACCACCAAGCCUGGUGAAUAUUUACAAAGAGCUUGCUAAUGAUAUAGAAGGCUUCAAAUCGCCAGGACAUGGGUAUCUUAUUGGAUGGGCUAAACAGGGAGUUCUUCUUCUCAAUGCAUGCCUUACAGUGGUUGCUUCRCAGGCAAACUCACACAAAGAUAAGGGAUGGGAGAAGUUCACAGAUGCCGUCAUUCGCUGGAUUAAUAGUAAUUUAAAAGGAGUAGUGUUCAUGCUGUGGGGUUCCUAUGCACAAAAGAAAUGCAGCUUUAUUGAUAAGAACAAACACUGUGUUCUCAAGGCAGUSCAUCCAUCUCCUCUGUCWGCACACAGAGGUUUCUUUGGUUGUAAGCAUUUUAGUCAAGCAAAUGAUUACUUGGAAAAACACAAGAAAAAGCCUAUCAGUUGGAGUAACUUYCCUGUUGAUGAGUAGCCCUACACAAGYAAAUAGGAGUUUUUGUUGAAUGAAACCAUUUAAUCYAAUUGCAAGAAUCUUGUUAUGUUAUAGUUACCAGGMUCAUCUUGAAUAGUAGCCAAGAUGUAUCCUUUCCCUUGAUACUUAGAACAUUUAUAUGUGAGAAAACAAUACUUUUUUCAUCAAGCUGCAACUAAAAUUCAAAUAUUAUUAUAUAACAAUGUUCUUGCAAUUCUCUUCAAUGGAUUAAUAUUCCAAAGAACUCUGAUAGUGUCAAGAUAGUGGAAACUGUGGAAACCUGUUGUCAAGCACAUGAAUAAUAUAGCAGAAAGAUUUCCAAAAACUUAACUAUUAAGACUUGAUGACUUGUUUGUAAUUUAAAAUGUUAUAUUAAAGAUGUAUUAUAAUGUUGAUAUUUUAAUAAAAUGGUUAAACAUG